GCUAAUUGAUGAUUAGAAAACCCUUGUGCAAUCAUGUUCACACAUCUGAAAACAGUUUAGCUUGUUACAGAAGCUACAAAACUGACCUUCCUUUGAGCAGAUUGAGUUUCUGGAGCAUCACAUUUGUGGGGUCAAUUAAACGCUCAAAAUGGCCAGAAAAAGAGAACUUUCAUCUGAAACUCGACAGUCUAUUCUUGUUCUUAGAAAUGAAGGCUAUUCCACAAAAUUGUUUGGGUGACCCCAAACUUUUGAACGAUUUCCAGAUGAACGGGACUAGGCACCGUCGGAUGGUUCAAGUCUGCUUCCUCACAGAAUGAACGUGAGAUGUUCUCUGCUGAGAAGAAAGACGUUUCCCCCCCGGCUGGUGAUACUGGCCAUCCUGUGCGUCUGCAUCUACGUCGCUCACAAUCUACGUCGCCCGGCGCCGCCGCCUCCACGCCACGCGCCGACGUUCCGCAAGUACAACGUGAGCUGCUCGGCCGUGUACGACCUGGACCCGGUGGAGGUGGGGCGGUCGCUGGUGAUCAGGAGGAAGGAAGUCUCAGAGGACCCGGAUGAGACGCUGCGCGACCUCACAGCCGACUGCUCGCUCUUCCUUCGGGUCAGGGGUUACGACGACGUGUGCGCCACCGAGCAGGAGAGACAUUUCCAAUUGGCGUACUCGCUGGUGGUGCACAAGUCUGCCUGGAUGGUGGAGCGGCUGAUCAGGGCGCUGUACUCGCCGAGUAACAUCUUCUGCAUCCACUACGACCAAAAGUCCUCUGCUACUUUUGGGUCGGCGAUGGAAGGUUUAGCUCGCUGCUUGCCCAACGUCUUCAUCGCAUCCAAGCGCGAGUACGUCAUUUACGCCGGCUUCAGUCGCCUGAAAGCCGACCUCAACUGCCUCUCCGAUCUCCUUGAAGUGGACGUCCCCUGGAAGUACGUCAUCAACCUCUGCGGGCAGGACUUCCCCCUGAGGACCAACAUGGAUCUGGUGUCAGAGCUGGCCGGCCUAAGGGGCGCCAACAUGCUGGAGACGUCCCGACCUAGCGAGUACAAGAAGCAGAGGUUCACCUUCCACCACGAGCAGAAGGACCGGAUGUCGCCCAAGAAAACGGAGCUGGCCAAGAGCGCCCCGCCUCACGGCAUUGAGAUGUUCAUUGGCAACGCCUACUUCGUGCUCUCACGUGACUUUGUUGUCUACAUGAGCACCUCCGCCGUGGUCAAAGACUUUCUGACCUGGUCAGAGGACACAUACUCGCCCGACGAACACUUCUGGGCCACACUGAUGAGACUGCCGGGCGUACCGGGCGAGGUGCCCAGGAGCGAGCCGGACAUCACCGACCUGAUGAGCAAGACCCGUUUGGUCAAAUGGCACUACCUGGAGGAGGCGCUCUACCCGCCCUGCACGGGGCAACACGUCCGCAGCGUUUGCAUCUACGGCGCGGCCGAAGUGCGCUGGUUGCUGAACAGCCGCCAUUGGUUCGCCAACAAGUUUGACCCCAAAGUAGACCCGGUAGCCAUCCAGUGCCUGGAGGAGAUACUGCAGGAAAAACAAAAGUUCCUACAAUCCAAAGCAACGUCCACUCGUGACUAAUGACGUCUUCACCAAGUCUGAAGGCUUUUUACACCACGAACGAAGGGACUCUUUUGUUGUCCCACAGGGAUCAAUCCACAGUCCAUAGUCCAUCUUCCCUCAUUCAUCUUAACCCUUUAUUGCAACAAGGAAAUAAUAUCUGCCAUAUUUGGUAACUUGAUUGGUUGACCAGCAGUGCCACUUUUGGUUCUUGGGGUGGAUUCAUUCAUUGAGGUCUGUAGGGACUCCGGGGUAAUAAAUGUAGGACCUGGUCGUCAUGCAGUGCCCUGGAUGAGAAACUGGAAUUCUUACUAAGUUCUUACCAAGAUGACUUUGUUACUGCUGAUCACUGACGUCCCACAUGGAUCUGUUGACAUUUUCCUGUAUGAACAGAGCAGAAGUGCCAUUUCUGAUUCUCGGGGGUGAACCGUUCCAUAGUCGCCAUCGUAAAAACACCACAUUAGAACUCUCCACUUGUCAGGUAACUUAUGUGUAUAUGUGUGUUACAUGGUUCAACGACCUUUUUUGACAUGGAAUGGUGUGAAAUAAAGGG